UUCCGUAGAAGUCAUUGAAACGCUCUGUUUCGCUGUAAAUGUCACCACGCAUACAUAAAACGCACAAAUAAAGCACAUUGAAGAAAUAUGAACAUUAAGCGAUGUGACUAACAAGCGGGCGUCCAUUUCGACGUAAAGACGCAUGAGUCGGCAAUUCAUACAUACGUUAACGGAGGCGGUAAACACAAAUGUGUGAGACAAUUAUGGCGAAUUAAUUACUGUGACUGAGAGUGACGUAUUUUUUUGUAUGUAUUUGCUCAAACCGGACAUACUGAUGAACUGCAAAACAUUUACGACUGUUGAUAGAAUUGAUGAACUAUACUGAAAUGUCUGAAAGGGUGCUAAAUAAGGAUUAAAAUCGUCCUGACUUAUACGAGCAUACAGUCAUUACAGAAAAUUGUAUUAGCGGCAUCAUGGAAAAGAGUGACAACGACACAAUUCGACUGAUGUCGUCAUUUGGUCUUCUCAACGACAUGAACGCCGCGGAGAGUCAGCGGCUGAUACCAACGGCAAUUUUUCUCAGCAUUAUCGCCGUGCUCGGAAUCCUCGGUAACGCGUUGGUUAUCCAUAUUUACCGUACCCGAUACAAGCUCUCCAACGCGAAAAUCUUCAUCGUUAGCGUUUCCGCCGUGGACAUGUUCUCGUGUUGUAUCGCUAUACCGUUCGAGAUCAUCUUGCUCAUGGACCAGUUCACGUUUGAGCACGCGUGGAUGUGCAAAAGCUCGAGGUUCUUCAACACGCUCGGUACGUGCUCGUCUUCUUUUAUCUUGUUCUUCGUCGCCGUAGACCGAUUUCGAAAGGUGUGCAGACCUUUUCAGAGGCAAAUAACUCCCAGAUUUGCGACAAUAUUAUGUAUUAUAUCGGUGGCAAUGGGCGUGGUGGUGGCUCUUCCAGCGUUCUGGGUGUACGGAAAGAAAACGUUUGAGGUGAAGCAGGAUACUAUAGACGAGGCGGUGAUUGGGUCCGAAUGCUCCACGGCUGAUGCCAUGAAAGGUUCUAUAUUUCCUUUAAUUACCACAGCUAUGUUUAGCAUUUUGUUCGUUACCGGAAUUGUAACGAUGUCCGUUCUGUAUUGUCUGAUUGGAUGCAAGAUAAAGAAGCAAUCUAAAAAGAUGCGACAAAUGAUGGUGAGAAGUAUGUCAAUUCCUAUGACGUCAUCAAUUUGUGUGGAAAAUGGAGUUAAUAUUCCUGGAGAAAUCGAUCCUGGGCGACACAAACACGAGGACGUCAUUUCGCGCAAAAACAAUGACACUAAAAAGCAGAAUGAACGCAAAAAACGCAAAUCGGAGAAAAGCACGAAUGAAUCGUGGACUAGGGAUGGGGAGGUUUCUUACACAAGCUACGAAAAGGAAGAACACGCCGAAGUGAAUGGGUGGAAGACAAAACAAACAGACAAGCAGACCAAAGUCAGUGAUGAUAAAGACGUGACUACUAAAGAUACAAAUUAUAACUAUGAACAAUCCGAGCGUGUCAAAGCAAUUGAAAGCACGGGGACUUCGGAACGCGUCAAUGAAAAUAAAGGCACAGGGACAUUAAAAAGGCAGUUAUCAAACGCCGGAAGUCAGAUUGUUCACGUCCUUCGGCGGAUAACGUCUCACACGUCUGACGAAAAGUUAGACUCGGCAAGGAAAUCGCAAUGCCUUAAGGAAGCCAGGGCGAGAAAAACAGCCUUCAUUAUGUUUCUUAUCUCUCUUGCCUUCAUUCUGAGCUAUCUCCCACACCUGAUUCUAAUGGCGACUCGUGUCGUAAAAAGCGAAUUUAUUGAACAACUCGGCGACGCCGGACGAGCGACGUACAAGUUUUUCUUGCGCUCGUAUUUCCUCAACUGUGCUAUUAACCCUGUAAUUUACGGCCUUUGUGAUGCACGGUUUCGCCUUUAUUGUAAUGAAUUCUUCAGUCGUUGUUUUUCUAGGGAAUAACCGACCGUGCCACGAGGCAAAGAGAAGUCUUGAUGAACUAUAUAAUAGUUAAAAUACGUUUUUCUUUGAUAUUUUGUUGAAAACUGUCGUAUAAUGCUUGUGACAAUCAAUAGCCAAUGUGGGUUAUCGGAUCAUGGUCUUGUUUAAAAUGGUAACUAACGGAAAUGAGCGAAAGACAACAUGUUUUGUGAUUAGGAAAUGUCUUUAAAAUGCCUACAACUUACACGUUACAAAUUCUGGUUCCAGUAUUAAAUGGAAUGAAUUAAACAACACAUUCAAAAAUUGCGCCAGAGUAUGAGAGGGUUUAUACUUGUGGAUGCAAUUUUUUUCUAUUUUGCUUUUUUGUGCACGAGAUACACAAUCCGGAUGUGAAAUUAUUUGGCUUGUAUUGCUUCCAAAUUUCCCGGGUUCGAGUACCGAGAAGACAGUCUUUUAUAUUUAACUUUUAUUCAGCUUGUUUUAUUGCCCUUAUUAUGAUUGAAGACGUUUUCAAGUAUCACAUAUUUGAUAUAUUUUACAAAUUUGAAUGAUAUUUUCCAAAAACGCGAAAAACAAUGACCAAGCCCCCUGUAUGCAUGUGAUAUAUUCGCUCCAACUUUACAAUUUAAUAUUUAAAAUUGUUGUAAGUUGUGUUUUUUUAGCUGGUUUUGCAUUUUCGGGCAUUAUGCGUUCGAAAAUCCUUAAUUUUGUAUAUACUUUUAAUAGCUUUGUGCUCGAACGCUGAUUCAUAUAUAUGUAUAAUACUAUUAUAAGGUAUGUUCAAUUACCAUGAAUACCAUAUGCAAAAAGUAUUUCAAUCAUUGACUCAGUGUUAUGAAGUCUCAUCUUCACGCGAGCUACACUUCGUUAACAUGAACUCUUUAUGAAGAAAAUGGAUAAUAGAAACUAUUUUAACCUUUGGUCUUUUUAUUGUUUAUGUUUUUAUUUAUCGACAACAGCUACACGUUUAUAAUAUGGAUUCUUAUUAUGAUCAAAUAUCAUGGGACAUCCUUAUGUUUAUAUGAUUUAAAUGCGAAUUUAAUUACAUACGAAUUUUAUUGUAAUGCAUUUAAUGCUAAACGAGACAAUAUGACUCAUUUAAUAGGACAACAAGCCGUCAAUUGUUGUUCACGAAAAUGACGAAGGACCGCUCGUUAUGUUGAAAAUUUUGUACAAGUUAAAUGAAAAACAAGUUUGAAAGUUUUA